AUGGCGCCUACCGGAGACGCUAUGGGCGAGACCGUUGCUGCGGCCGGCCUCCACGCUGAGAUGGUUGACGAGAAGCGAGCCUCUGUUGCCGCUGAGAGGAGAUCCUCUGUGGUCACCGACCCCCAGGCUCCUGCUGCUGCUGUGUCUUCUGGUGGUGUCACCGCAGAUGGGCAGUUUCCCACUCCUGAGGAGAUGCAAAGCUUGAGACGCAUUGCCAACAAGAUUCCUAUGAAGCUCUUUAGUAUCGCAUUCAUAGAACUCUGUGAACGCUUUUCUUACUAUGGAUGCACCGUAGUUUUCACAAACUUCAUCCAGCAGCCUCUCCCCCCUGGUUCCACCACCGGUGCCGACGAUGAGCAGCCUGGUGCCCUUGGAAUGGGCCAGCGAGCCUCGACCGGUAUCACUACCUUCAACCAGUUCUGGCAGUACCUGAUGCCCCUUCUCGGAGCCUAUCUAGCUGAUCAGUACUGGGGCCGUUACAAGACCAUCAGCUAUGCUCUGGUAGUCGACAUCAUCGGUCAUCUUAUCCUCAUCGUCUCCGCUGUCCCUGGUGUCAUUCAGAGCGACGGUGCUCUCGGUGCCAUGAUCGUUGCUAUUAUUGUCAUUGGUUUCGGUACCGGUGGUUUCAAGCCUAAUGUCAAUCCUCUUAUCGUCGAACAGCUUGGUGAGCAAUACAUGCACGUCAAGACUCUCAAGUCUGGUGAGCGUGUUAUCAUCGAUCCUGCCGUCACUAUUGAGCGCGUUUACAUGUGGUUUUACUGGGCUAUCAAUAUUGGUGCCCUGGUCGGUCAGGUCACUAUGGUUUUCGCCGAGAAGUAUGUCGGUUUCUGGCUAUCAUACACCCUUCCUACCUUCAUGCUGUGCAUUUGCCCUAUCAUCUUAUUCUUUAACCGCAAGAACUAUGAACGACGACCUCCUGGUGGUUCCGUUCUGGGACCUGCUAUGAAGACCUUCUUCCUUGCUCAAAAGGGCCGCUGGAGCAUUAACCCCUUCCAGACAUGGAAGAACAUGCACACUGGUGACUUUUGGGAGAACGUCAAGCCAUCUCGCUUCAGUCAUGAGAACCGCCCUAAGUGGAUGACUUUCGACGAUGCUUGGGUUGAUGAGCUUCGUCGUGGAUUUAACGCUUGUGCCGUAUUCUGCUGGUACCCCAUCUUUUGGCUUUGCUACAAUCAGAUCAAUAACAACCUGAUCUCUCAGGCCGCUCUCAUGCAGCGUCACGGUGUUCCUAACGAUAUUCUCUCCAACCUCAACCCCUUCGCCCUCUUGAUCUUUAUUCCUCUCAACGAUCGCCUAAUCUACCCUGCUCUCCGAAAGGCUGGUAUCCGCUUUACUCCCAUUAAGAAGAUCACGGCAGGUUUUUUCACUGGAGCCGCCGCCAUGAUCUGGGCUGCUGUUGUUCAACAUUACAUCUACCAAAAGUCUGAGUGUGGCAUGCGAGCAUCUGGUGAAGACUGCCCUGUCGUCGAGAUCAACGUCUGGGCCCAGACCGGCGCUUACGUUCUCAUUGCUUUAUCCGAAGUGUUUGCCUCCAUCACUUCUCUUGAGUACGCCUUCUCCAAGGCUCCCAAGAACAUGCGUUCCAUGGUCCAGGCCGUUGCUCUCUUCAUGACUGCUUUCUCAGCUGCUCUUGGACAAGCCCUGGUUGGUCUUGCUGCCGAUCCUCUCCUUGUUUGGAACUACGGUGUUGUUGCCAUCCUCGCUGUGAUUGCUGGAACUUGCUUCUGGUUCCAGUUCAAGGACUUGGAUAUUAUCGAGGAUGAGCUUAACGCUCUCCCUGAGGGUCAAGCAGGUACCAAGCUCGACGAGGAGUCUCCUAUGGAUGAGAAGCGGGUUGACGGAUAA